CAGCAUGGAGUGUGGUAUUGGAAAGUUUCGACCCAAAUUUCUCCAGCAUUUUGCAAACAUCAAUGCAUUUGUAGGAGUGUGUAGUGCUGUAGGCAUUGUGUCUCAGACUCUGAGUGUUUACAUUAAUACUCAGGUACCAAACCUUGAGCGACAAUUUGGUUUCAAUAGCGCUCAAAGCGGCUUACUUAUUGCCUUCAAUGAUAUAGGAUUUUUCGCGGUUAUUUUAUUUGUUUCUGCGUCUGCUAGGUUUGUUCAUAUCCCACGCACGUUAUUUCUGAGUAUAUUACUUUUCGGAAUUUCUGGCCUGGUAUGCAGUCUCCCUCACUUCAUCGCUCUUUCUAGAAGUCUAGUGCCUACCCACAACCUUGAUUCGGUCCUUAGAAAUGGAAGCACAGAAAACGAUAAAACAAACAUCCUCUGUCGACCAGAGUUUAAUUCCUCUGAUGAAGAAUGCCAAAAUAAUAGGGAACAGAAUAAUAAAAUAUUACAUGCACCGAGUUAUUCAAUGAGAAAUCUUGCACUGGCCUUAAUUGGAAUUGGAAUGGCCCUGCAAGGCAUAGGAAAAGCUCCACGGUCUCCAUAUUACAUGGAGUAUGUUGACGAUAACAUUGACAGAAGAAAAACUGGGUUUUACUUAGGUAUUGUCAUCGGAUUGUCUAUUUUCGGUCCAGCAAUAUCAUUUAUACUCGGAGGAUACUUCAGCAGACUGUAUGUGACUCUGGAAGUUGUUGAUAUGGAACCGCAGGAUCCACGCUGGAUCGGAGCAUGGUGGUUGGGUUUUCUCGUCUUUGGAACUGUGUCCAUUCUUCUAGCUUCCCCUCUUGUAUUGUUUCCCAAAUACCUAAAAAUGUCCUCAAAAGACAUUGCUAAAGGCAAAAUUCACGAAAGACCAGUUUUUGAGGAAUGCUCAUUUUUGGAGAAAUUAAAAAUGAGUUUGAAGGGAUACGGAAAGGUUGUCCGAAACCCAGUUUUUCUUCUAACGUCUGCUAGUGAAGUCAUCAACCUCAUGGGGGAAGGAGGAUGGUCGAGCUUUCUAUCAAAAUUCACAAAGACACAUUUCAAUAUUCCACUAUACCGUGCUAAUUACAUACUGGCUGGAGCACAAAUGUGUGCAUUAGCCUCCGGGUCAAUUCUGGGAGGAAUCCUCACAAGGAAAAUCAAUAUGACGCCGAGAAAUGUCUACAGGAUGAUAUUACUGAUUUACACCUUGAAUAUGAUUUUCACGGCCCUUGCUAUGACAAUGAGUUGCCCACAAUCCAAUAUAAUUGGUCCAAAGUUAAAUAUUCCAGGUUACACGGACAAUACCGCUCUCAAUUGUUCACGUGGUUGUCCAUGUCAAGAUGACAUGUUUUUCCCAAUUUGUGGAUCAAAUAAAAUGAACUACCAUUCUCCCUGCUUUGCUGGUUGUAAGGAUAUAUUGAGAGAUGGUCGUAUCUUUGUUAAUUGUUCCUGUAUACCGGAUGGUAAGGCGGAGGCAGGAUUAUGCGAGAACAACUGUCCUCUUUUCAUACCCUGGAUCAUCUUCAUUAUCCUCUGCAGCUUCACGGCAACAAUGAAAAUUUCUCCUUAUAUAAUUGCCAUCAUAAGGUCUGUUGAUGAUAUCAAUAAAGCAGCAGCUAUUGGUCUCAACACCUGUCUAGCUUCUGCACUUGGCUGGGGUUUAUCGCCAGUGUUGUUUGGCAAGGUAUUAGAUGCAUCUUGUCACAUAUGGCAAUUUCCUUGCUCAUCUUUUGGUGCGUGUGAACUGUAUGACCUCCGACAGCUACGCCUUUCUUUCCAUGGAUUUUCCCUUGCUGUGAAAUUUGUUGGUUUACUGUGUUUAAUCUGUCUUCAUAUAUGGACGAGAAACUGGAAGGAUUGGAAAUCCGCAAAUAAGACUGAUUCCGAUCACCAUAGGGUGAACUUAAAAUACGCCGAAGUGCCACUCGAAAAUAUGACAAUUUAACAGUCAACAAAUUUACUGUUUCUCUUUUAAUGUAAACUAAAUAUCUGUUAAAACUCAGUUACCCUUUUCACCUCGCUAUGUACCAUAAAUGGACUGAAAAACGUUUGAAUCAACAGAUAUUAUAUUUAAUCAAAAUUAAUUUUUAUAUAAAUGUUUAUAAAUGUAACUAGUAAAUUCAAAGAUUAUUAAAUGACAGUAGAUAACA